AUGGCUACGAGCAAGACUCGAGCUGCUUCCAAGAGCAGUCAGCUUUUCGCGCACGUCAAAGCCCAAGAAGAGCGAAAGCUGGUCGACAAGCUCCGUGACGUCGGCCUGGGCCAGUACAUUGAGUUGCCUCAGAUCGCCGUCAUGGGCGACACCUCCAGUGGGAAAUCCUCGCUACUGUCGGCUCUGUCGGGCGUCUCCUUCCCGUCCUCCGACCAGCUCACGACGAGGUGCCCCACGCAACUCGUUCUCACGCGGGCCGACGCUUUCCGAGGCACCGUCCGACUCGAGAAGGCGGAUCUGCAACGACUGGAAGACGUCCCCGACGCCAUCACCAAGCUCGCCCAGAAGCUGGUGGACGAAGGCCAGUACAUCAGCGACGACCAGAUCGUGAUCGAGAUGUGCGGGCCCGACCUACCGAACCUCACGCUCACGGAUCUGCCGGGUCUGGUGCGCACGGUGGGCGACCACGAGGACCAGAGUAUCAUCCCGAGGGUGCGGCAGAUGGUGGACCGGUACAUGCAGCAGGAGCGCACCGUGAUCAUCGCGGUGGUGCCGGCCAACGUGGACAUGCACAACAUGGAGAUCUUGCAGGCGGCGCAGGAGGCAGACCCGAACGGGACGAGGACCAUCGCGGUAGUGACCAAGGUGGAUCUGGUGGACGCUGGCGCCGAGCUGGCGGUGCACGAGCUGCUGCUGAACAAGAAGAAGCGCAUGCACCUGGGCUACCACGCAGUCAAGUGUCGGAGCCAGCGCGAGUUGACCAAGGGCACGAGCAUCGAGAAGGGCGUGGCGAACGAGUUGGCGUUCUUCGGUCAGCACGAGUACUGGUGCAAGCUGCCGACGCAUCUGUGGGGGGUUCCGAGGCUGAGCGAGCGGUUGGUGUCGAUUCUGCAAGACAACAUCCGUCGUUCAUUGCCGAAGGUCAUCGCGGAGAUCAGCACGCGCAUGGCUGAGACGCAGAGGGCAUUGUCGAGUUUGGGCACGCCGUUGGAUUCACCGGGAGCGCAGCGUCAGCAGUUUGGCAAGUGGGCUGAGCAGUAUUUGCGUCUAAUGGAGGCAGCUAUGGGCGGCCAAUAUGAACUCCUGUCCCCGCCUAGUAUGCGCCGGCGUGUGUCAGAAGAAGACACGACACCGUGUUCGUCACCUCUGGAGGUGAACGCUCGACUUCGAGCUGCACUUCGAGUGGAGGAAGAGAUAUUCCGCAACAGAAUCACCAAGACAAAGCGCCAGAUCAUCAGCUCUAAACCCCAAGACGAGGUGGCAGUCGGUGAUGCGGUGCAGGUAAAGGUUGGUGGUCGCUGGCUCGACGGUCACGUGGAGCAGAUCAAAAAUGACUCGACAGUUCCCUGUAAGGGGUACAGCAACGCGUGGAGGUUGAAGGAAUCCUGGCGCUUUGACGAGCGCCCCAUGCUGAAGAAGUUCAUCCAAGCGAAUCGUGGCGACGAACUCGCGACUUUCCCGUCGUAUCAAGUGUUUUGCAACCUUUUCCGCCAGUGCGUGGACAAAUGGGAGCCGUCAACGAGGAAACUCGUGCGGUUUUACCACGACCAAACCAAGCUGGUGUCGGACUGUGUCGCUGAUGAGCUCAACGCAGCCACUCGAGUGGUCCUCGAUGAGGUUGCUGAGACUACGAGUGAAGAGAUGAACACGUUCCUACGCGCUGAAAGUCGCCCGUACACGCAAGACCAACGCUUGUUCACCGAGCUGGAUCAACAGCGUUUGAAAGAUCUCCAGGAGCAGGUGAAAGGUGCGGUGAACGCUGAUGCAAACGGCAUGGUUGCUCUGGGUGAGGUCAUGAACGUGGUGGCGUCGGGUGUGCUCACAACGAAAGACCGCGAGGUGAUGGAGAUGCAAGUGGCCCUACGCGCGUACUUGGACGUGGAGGUGCCUCGCUUCGUGGACGCGAUCCCGAUGCGGCUAAACGACUUGGUGCUUCGAGCGUUUAUGGCUGAGAUGGCCAGCGAGCUCAACAGCUUGACGGACGAAAAGCUCACGCGCUUGAGGAUUCGGAGCAGAAGAUGA